AUGCAGAAACGGUUCAUCGAGGAUAAAUACAAACUGCUGGAGUCUCAACUGGAGUUGGACGAAGAAAACGUUAGUGUUCGUAGCAAGAGUAGCCGAGUCAGUAAGCGCUCUAAAAUCGCCAAGGUCGUACAAUGGGUCAACAACUGUGCAGAGCAGUCGGAGACACCCCCAGAAAAAUCAACGGAAGCACGUCUCUCAACCAUGCCGCCAGCAUCGUCCAAUCGUACCGCACCUGCGACUACUACUGCGAUCGCCCCUGGGGUUCAGAAUUUAAUGCAGCCACCAAGCUCCAGCCUCCUGAGCCCAUUGAAACACCCUGCUCUGUCCAACCAACGAUCAGCAACAAUACAAAAGAUCUCCAUGCAAGUGCCAGAGGAUUCGAAAACAAUUCCGAAACAAGACAAAACUAGAACUGGAGUCUUCAAUAAGAUUACCGGUACGGUGCCGUUGGCACAAUCCACCCCAACACAAACACAAUCCAGCGCAUUGUUGUUGGCGUGUUCGGAUACAAGGAACCCACAAACGACAUCAGUGGCUCAUCCGCCAGAAUCGUCGUCCGGUAUGCCGGAAAACCAACCAAUAUCAGCGUUAGCAUCUAUGCCGCCGGUAUUAGUUUCAUCGGCGCCACCCCCAUCAGCACCUAUACCUCCAUUACUACUGCCCCCGCUAUCUGCACCUGAAGAUACAUCGAAUGGAACAUCGGUGCUGCCUCUACAGUCCGCACAUAAACCUACAGUUUUGCCGCCUCCUCCGUGUGCACCAGCAUUAGGAUAUACAACGCUACCGCCACCACCAGGAAUGUCACUACCAUUCGCAGCAUCGGCUGCGCCUCUACCUGGAACCAGCUCGGUACACCCCGGGCCGGCAUCUGUAUCUCAAUCUGCCUUACCGAACUGGUCUGAGCCAGUAUCAGGGUUUGUACCUGCCGCCCUCCCCACUGCUUUCUCCGAGCCACCAGGUAAGUCAGACAGUAAUCCUUUACCACCAAUGCAAAACGAUUCCAACCUCCAACACCUGAUGAAGCAAUUUGGUAGCAUUGCUUUAUCACCUUUGCAAUCACCAUUGCUCAAUGCAAAUAUAGCCACGUUUGCCCCAUCCCCUCACAAUUAG